CCGACUGGUUUAGUUCGGAAACCCCAACGGGCGCUUCCCAGGAAGAAAGGGGAGCGGCGGCGCGGAGAAGAAGGGAGCGCGGGCAGCAGCAGCAGCAGCGUGCGGCGCAAUGCCGCUCCGCGUCUCCGGAGGGGCACCAUGGCCGGGGGAAGGGGCUCGGCGGCGGCGGCGGCUCUCCCCCCACCCAGCGAGUCCGCGUGCUCGUCUUCGCCCUCGCCGCUACCGGGCCCCUCUUCCUCAUUACCGCUGGCCUCGCCGCUGUCGGGGCCCUCCUCCUCACUGACCGCUGGCCAUGGCGCCGCCAUCCGCGUGCCCAGCCGCGAGCCGCUCGACGCGUCCCCAUCUCAUGAACGCUGAUAACAUUGGGCAUGGAGUUCUUCACGGAAUAUGGGGAGGCAAGCCAGUAUCAGAUACAAGAGGUCAUUGGCAAGGGAAGCUAUGGAGUAGUUGCUGCAGCAGUAGAUACCCAUACUGGGGAGCGGGUUGCGAUCAAGAAGAUAAAUGGCGUGUUUGGGCAUGUCUCGGAUGCCACCCGCAUACUGCGGGAAAUCAAGCUUCUUCGGCUGCUCCGCCACCCAAACAUAGUUGAGAUCAAGCACAUCAUGCUCCCCCCUACCCGAAGGGAGUUCAGAGAUAUUUAUGUUGUUUUUGAGCUCAUGGAGUCGGACCUAGAUCAAGUGAUCAAAGCAAAUGGGGACCUCACUCCGCAACAUCACCAGUUUUUCUUGUACCAACUUCUUCGUGCUCUCAAGUACAUGCAUGCAGCUAACAUAUUUCAUCGUGACUUAAAACCAAAAAAUAUACUGGCCAAUUCAGACUGCAAGCUAAAGAUUUGUGACUUUGGGCUUGCACGCGCAUCAUGUAAUGAUGCCCCCUCAGCUAUAUUUUGGACUGACUAUGUGGCUACAAGGUGGUACCGUGCUCCUGAACUAUGUGGUUCAUUUUUCUCCAAAUACACCCCUGCAAUUGAUAUUUGGAGCAUAGGGUGCAUAUUUGCUGAAGUUCUCACUGGAACACCAUUAUUUCCUGGGAGGAAUGUCGUGCACCAAUUAGAUCUAAUAACAGAUCUUCUUGGAACUCCAUCAUCCGAAACCUUAUCCCGGAUUCGCAAUGAGAAGGCAAAGUCAUAUUUAAUCGGUAUGCAGAGGAAAUAUCCUAAACCAUUUUCUCUUAAGUUUCAUAAUGCUGAUCCUCAGGCUCUGCGUCUUCUAGAGCGUUUACUCGCAUUUGACCCUAAAGAUCGACCUACAGCUGAAGAGGCUUUAGCUGAUCCAUAUUUUGGAGGACUUGCUAAGUUGAAACAUGAGCCUUGGUCACAUCCUAUUUCAAAGCUUGAGUUUGAAUUUGAGAGAAGGAAGCUAACGAAGGAUGAUGUAAGAGAUCUGAUUUAUCGAGAGAUUUUGGAGUACCAUCCACAGAUGCUUCAUGAGUAUAUCGAAGGUGGAGAACAAACUAGUUUCCUCUAUCCAAGCGGGGUUGAUCGUUUCAGACAGCAGUUUGCGCACCUUGAGGAGAACUAUAGCAGAGGAGAAGCAAGUACUCCACUGAGGAGACGACAUGCAUCUUUGCCGAGGGAAAGAGUCUGUAUAUCAAAGGGUACCAAUAAUCAAGACUAUAGCAAUGAAAACAGGAGGACGGCAUCUUCUGUUAUCCGAACUGCCAUAAGCCCCCCAAUGUCACAAGAAGAGGGGCAGAAACAUGCAUCUGUUUAUCAAAAUGGCACAAACAUUCAGAAUUUCUGUUCAGCGUGCUACUUGAAGAAUGCUAGCACCAGUGCUUCCACUUGUGUUGUCAAAGGGAAUGAAGGCCUAGAGAAGAAUGGUAUCUCUGAGGACUUAGAAGAGAAGGUGGUCUAUGAAUUGUCAGACAGGCUAGCCAUGAUGCACUCCUAAGGCAGCAACGACCAGCAGCUCCAAAUAUCAGUGCAGUAUUUCCUAUCAUGUACCAAGGAUCCCAGGUAGCACAGGAAUAUCCACCAGGAUGGGAAAUCAAAUAAAUCUUCGGCUAUCCACCAGCGCUCUCAAGUUUAGAUUAUGAGAAAACCUGAAAUUUCACACCAGUCAUUUAGAUUAUCGGAAAACAUGUAAUGAACCUCAGUGGCAAUGCCAAUACCGCAUUGAUCUACCUCAGACAUGGUACAUCCGGUGUAAACUGUGUGGAUGCACAUGAGAGCCAAGGCUCAGGAAUAUCAUGCAAUGUCAUAGCAUUCAGUUUGGGAA